UCUUUUCACCCACCACUACUCAAAAUAUCUCUCAACCUCUCACGCAUCAUCACUGAUCUCUCCUUCACGGCUCCUUUUUGUUUCUCUUUGCUAAAAAAAUUCUCUCUCCUCAAACUUCUCCGGCAACAAUGGCGACUGUUCUCGGAAACCUAGUUUUACCUGUCGACCUAAAUUUGCCGGCGAAGGUAAUCUCCGAUCAUCGGAAAAAGCUCCGGUUACUUCCGUACGACGUCGUGUUGAGCUUAGGGUUACCGAAGAGAGAGAAGGAGUUUCAGAUAUGGGGAGAGUUUUCGACACUUGGAAGGGUGAGUUUCUCGAGGAAGUCGAACGCUGUAGAAUAUUCUAGCGACGAAGAGAACGGAAAUGGUGGCGGAGAAGGUGGAAAUGGCGGCGGUAAUGGUGGUGAUGAUGAGGAAUUGAUUAAUUGGGAGAUGCAGAUGAGGAGGAGAGUGAAGGAGCUUGAGGAGAUGAGAGAGUUGGAGAAGAAGGCGGAGGAAUUGCAAGGGAAGAUUGAUGCUGAAACUAGUGAAGGUGAUGGUGUUGAUGAAACUGAGGAGGAGAAGAAGAUGAGAGUUCGGAAAGAGCUCGAAAAGGUGGCAAAGGAACAAGCUGAACAAAGAGCAACUGCUAAAUUGAUGUUUGAGCUGGGUCAAAAGGCUUAUGGUAGGGGCAUGUAUAAACGAGCUAUUGAGUUUUUAGAAGCUGCAUUGACAAUCAUUCCUAGACCUACGCUUUUUGGUGGCGAGAUUCAAAUAUGGCUUGCUAUGGCGUAUGAGGCCAACAACCGGCAUGCAGAUUGCAUUGAUCUAUAUCAGCAAUUAGAAAAAAAGCAUCCCAGUGUCAGCAUUCGCCGACAAGCUGCAGAGCUUCGUUACAUCUUGCAAGCACCGAAAAUAAAGAUAACCCAAGAAGAGAUGGUAACAAUCCCGCUAAUUGGUAAUAGUUAUGACAGCUAUGCAUCGACUUGGACUGACAAAAGCAAGGACAAGGAACAAUUCAUUGGUUCUUCAACUACGAGUGCAUUCCCCUCAUCCAGAGAUUAUAUUGGGGACUUCCUAAAGUGGAAACCCCCUGUGUUGCAGGAUAAUCGCAUUUUCUGGGCUGCAGUAACUUUAUGGUUUGGUUUGGUUGGAGCUGCCCUUUUACUUCAGAGAUGAUCAAUUAUAUAUAUACAAAUACACCCUCCCUUAUUCCUAUAUAUAAGUAGAAUCCAUCCAAUUCUUGAUUCCUAAGGUUUUCAUCGUGUUGAAUAUGUAUAUAUAUAUGUGGCAAUGUGCAUGUUUAUUGUGAGUAAUGUUAGAGCAGAAUCAGCAUUGCAUUCUUUCUGCAAUUGGGCCUAACAUGCGGUCGGCCUUCUGCAUCUAUUAGUUCUUUUGUUUCA